AUGCUGCCCGAAAAGCACUUCCACCUGGUCGGAGGCAACGUGCUGUUACUCCAUCGCAAAUCCAACAUUGCCUGGUGGUUGCCGGACCUUCAAGCGGGCCCUCCUGCGGCUGAUGACCCGCACUUUAUCCUCUCGACCGACGAGGAACGACUGCCUCCCCGCGCAGUGGACGGGCCCUCUGGUCCAUGGACCCAGUACUACCCCGUCAAGAUCAUGAAUCCAGGCUCCUUUACCGAAUCCAUCAUGAUGUGCGGCUGCCGAGACUACAAUCAUCCAACUGGUUUCGACAGCCUCUGGAGGUUCAUGCUCCUCUACCUCCUCGAAGAACACAGCUGCGAAAAGCCAGUGCGCAGCGAGUUUCGGGCCCUCUGGAAUCACUACAAUCAGGAGGUUGAAGAGGCGUUUCGCGACCUACGCGACAGACUCGCUGCUGAGAAUCGACUUCCCCCGCGUGUCUAG